GCUGAGUUGAGAUGUUUGUCCGUUCAGCACCUUUAUAAUGGGGCCUCCGUUGUUUGUUAGGAUUUACAUAAAUAUUCCUCUGAAAAUAAUCUUUAAUUCUGAGUAAGGUUGGUGAUAUGCUAUGAAGCUAACACGGAAACUGGUCCUCGCUAAGGCUAAGGCCUCGGACCUGGAAAGUGUGAAGAAACUAAAUUGCUGGGGGUGUAACCUGACUGAUAUUUCAAUCUUCUCUCAGAUGCCCAGCAUUGAGGUGCUAACACUGAGUGUCAACAGCAUCAGCUCUCUGUCUCCCCUGGCUUGCUGUUUGUCCCUGAGCGAGCUGUACCUGAGGAGGAACAUGAUUCCUUCUCUCUCAGAGCUGUAUUAUCUGUGUCCGCUGACACGUCUCAGGGUGCUCUGGUUGGCUGAGAACCCCUGCUGUGGAAGUGACCCAAACAAGUACCGCCUCACCGUGCUGCGCUGCCUGCCUCGCCUCCAGAAACUUGACAACCAAGCGGUGACCGAGGACGAGGUGGCACUUGCUCUCGUGCAAGGUGAAGAGGUCAGCACGCCCCCGGGUGGUAUCCAGACACAGCUUUCCAACAACGGCCUUACAGACGCUGAAUCAGAAAAUGAUGCUCUCAACUACAACAUGGAGGAGACCAACAAAAUCAGAGAAGAAUUGGGAAUGAAGCCUCUCUCCAGGGAGAAGUUCUCCUCUCCAUCCUCUCCUUCUACUCUAGAGAGACAAACCAUGAGAAGGACUCACAUCCUGGAUGCAGUUCUGCUUCUGUUGAGGGACUUGGAUGAAGAGGAGCUCCGUGUUGUUCACACGGCCGCACAGACCAGACUGCACACGUACACGCUCCACUCAGGAGACGAGCAAAGACUUCCGGCUCAGAAAGCGGCCGACAUUCAGCACUGACAUGUUUUACAGCAUCGCGCGUUCCCUUAUCCAUGUACGACUCAAACUCUGGGAUUAAAUACAAACAUACAUUCUGAUGCUUUCUGCAUGAAAAAUGCACUGCAUUUAAUUUCACUGCCACCUUUUAUGGCCAGGUCUAAUCACCAUUUCCUUUGAUUUUUAUUUAUUUUUUAUAGCUGCAUGCCCACAUGCCUUGUAAGAACUAAAGAAUGUAUGUUUUGCUAAAUGUGACUAUUUCUGUAAUUAAAGACGCUUAUCAGCAYUAACUGAA